UUUGGCCGCUUCCUCCGGCUCUCAGUCUGAUUACAGCUGCUUGAAGGGACGGGCGACCACGGGAGGGGAACACGGAGGACUUUGGCAUCUGAAAGCACACAGCGAGGAAGGUAAGAGAACAAACUGUCCCUUUUGCCUCUUUAAAUCGUUCGUAAGAAAAAAUAUUAAACCCGAAUUUGUCGAAAAGGGCGACUCUGAAGUUUUAGGCAGAAGUAAUCAAACGAGCUCUCCGCCAAGUGAGCCGAGGAACCAGCAGGAGCAACAACUGGGUGAAUUGAAACCUGUUACUCGUCUAACUUGUUUGGAAGUUUUUCGCCAGAUUUGCUGUGCUGUUUCGACGUUUGGUCGAUAUUAAUGUAGGAGAAAAUGAUCACAAACAUUGGACAAUCCCGAUGGUUCUCUCCCCUACGGUUCACCGUCGAAGAUAUGGGUCAUUUCUUACCCAGCCCUGUCUCUACACCCUUAUUAUACUUCAUUACGUAAUUUAAUUAUAUGGACUUCAGCAGCAGAGGUGGUAUAAAGAUACUCACCGUAAAAGCUCUAUGACCCCUUUCUCUUUAAAAAUCUACUUGGUUUGUUAACAAGACUGAAUGGUAUUGGGUGUUUUUGUGUGAACACGAAUAGUUAGAAAGCAAAAAUGUUGACGAAAUUCUUAAAAUAUAUGUAUUGAGUGUACAUUUUCCAUUUUUGUUUAACAAAGUCAUUUCCUUGUGGUCUGUUCGGGGAAAAACUGUAAAAACAUUGCUCUGUCCCGAGGAAAUUCCUCUCUCGGAGUCACCACACCCUUGUUGUGCUGCUCGGCUACUGUGGCACAGACCCUCAUAUCUCACAGGCUUGUUCCCUGUGUCUUGGCUUGUUCCCGAAACAAGAAAAUGCUCUAGAAACCAAAGGGAACCCUGUAAAACUCUGUCACAGAUCAAACGGACGAAUCCCAUUUGGUUUGAACAGCUUUGCAGCCAAGACAGACUCAAGGAAAUGGAUUCUUAAAAUAUUUUCUUAUACACCUUUCCAGUCAGUACAUGUGUAAAUGCGGGCGCGAGAAAUGUUUGUGCGGCUACUACAGGAGGUAGUGUGUCGUCAUUGUGGAUGAACAGCUGACUGCUGACCAUGCUGUUUGCAGGUAACCAUCAAGAAGAGGAAGUGAAACACACAUGCAACACAAAUCAGUGCCAAAAACAGGGAAAGGAUAUGUUAUGCAAAACCUCUAUCUAGACUGUCUUUGUAUGAUCGCAGAUAUCAUCAUGAGUGAUGUGAAAAUCUCAGUGACCUCUCGCCUAAGUAAUUCAAUCUAGGAUCACCCUGUUUUGAGUGAACUGUUUAAAGUGUUACAAGUAUUGAUGGUAGGGCUGGGCGAUAAAAUGAUAAAAAUAUGUAUCGAAAAUUAAUUUCCCUCAAUAUCAAUAUAAAACAUGGUCGAUAUGCUUUUCGAUAGUCAGCAUUCUGCCAUGUUUUGGUAGACUAUACUAACAGCCAAUGAAAACGGGAGUUGCUCCGGGUCCACUGAACCAAUCAUGUGCUGAAUUAGAACCAAGUAGCAAACAAUUGUGUAGUAGCAGGCUGCAGCUACACGCAACCAUAGCACUUUAGCACAUGAAGCCGACAGCACUGUGUAAAUGAGUGCUACCCCCGGCAGAAAUGCAGAUGAAGGUUCAAUAGAUGAUGAUAUCGUCAACAACACUGGCACGAAAACGUCAGUGGUGUGGAGUUUUUUUUUUUUUUAAGUUAGACAUGAAGCAGAGUAAUGUGCACUGCAAAUUAUGUCGAGUACAUGUUCUCGCAACGUCGGGGAAUAACUCAAAUCUUUUUCACCACCGGAGGCAGCGCCACGUGGCAGAGCACGCACAAUGCAAAAGUUUACAAACCCCGAGGGGAGCAAGGGGCCCGUGGCGCCUGUGCAGCCAAAACAGCCGACCAUUCAGUCUGCUAUCUCUAGCGCAACACCUUACGACAAAACAUCGACGGGACACAAAGACCUCACAGAUGCAGUAACCUAUUGUAUUGCAAAAUACAUGCUACCAAUAAGCACUGUUAAAUUUCAUUUUUUAUAUCGUGAUAUAAAGUGAUAUCGACCAAUAUGAAAAAAAAAAAAUAUUGUGAUAAACUUUUUCCCAAAUCGCCCAGCCCUAAUUGAUGGUAAUUAUAUUAAUAUUUGGAUGCUGUAUGAAGAUGUGAUUUAAACAGGAGAAAAUAUGAACCUCAACAUUGAUAAUCCAGUGACACAUCAGACAUUUUGCAAGGUUAUCUGAGAGUGCAGUCCAUAUAUAAUAUACUGAUUAUAUUUGUUAGGUGGCUAAAUGCGAGGAAUAUUGCUUAAAUAUGUGUUAAUAUCCAGCAGAGACAAGGCAACCAAAGCGAAGCUGUGGCUAAAUAAUAAACCUGUAAAAAUGUUCCUCACCUGUAUUUUGUCUAUAAAAUACCAGGUUAUAGACAAUUUUAAAUGUUCAUGUUAUUUCCCUAAGGCCCAACAUGACGUCAUGUUUGUGAAAACAACAGCCCAAACACACAAGUGGGGUUUAAUUAAGAAUUAAUUUAAACAGGGUAAACAAGCCUGUCAUUGUAAAAAAUGUACCCAGGCUGUGAUUGCUGUGAAUCAAAUAUGUUAGAAAUGAAUUUUACUGGAUUGAUUCAAUCCUUAAUUAAGUUUGUUGUGAGUAUCUCUCGCUCAGAUUUGAAUCAGAAAAAAUAUUGUAAAAUUAACCCGAUAACCUCAGACUUCAGACACCAAAACAUCAUAUCUCAUAUUGAAAAGAUUGACAAGCAUGUGUGCUUUAACUAUAGUUGUACUAAGGUCAGCUCAGAAGACCACGUCAUAGCUCAGUAGGUCAGUAAGAAAGCCUGGAUGUAAAGCUGUUAUCAGUCAAAAGUCCCACAGACAGCCGAAGGAAAUCUCACCCUUGUUUAUUGAUAUUCUGAAGGGCUUUAUAUCUAAGAUUGUUAAAAAAAAAACAACGCUGUAUCAUGUCUCAGUAUCGUCCAGACGGAUUUCUGUCACUGGGAAUUUCCAAAGAGGCCAAUGUCAUACUGAAAGUAAUCCAACUGCAUCUAUUAUCACAACUUUUAUCACACAGGAAGGAGCCUAAUUUAGGGUAUUCACAGUGACGGUUAUACGUAAUCUGAUAGUCACCAACAAACAUGUCCAAAUGAAAAACUGUGUCUGAAGGCUGUGGGGUGUAUCACCCACAGACAGCAUGCAGACCAGAGCAAAAAUCCUCUGUGGAGAGGAGUUAAUCUUUGGGAGAGUUUCCUGUUUGGAUCUUUCAAGGACUCCUGAAACGGACAAUUUAGAAAGCUAAACAUUUCCUCUGAGUCACAUUAGCAGCAAAACCCUCGGGGGUGUCUUCUGAUAGCCUGUUUCUGUUUCAGAUACAGUUCCUGAUUUACACUUGUGGAGCUAGAACGCUAACUAAGCUAAUUUGCACUCAGUAUUUUACCCACAUCCUUAUCUAUUAGGGAAGCUUAUCAGUUCUGACUCAGGUCCGGCUGUACUCGAAUGAAUUGGGCUAAACUUUUAAUUGAAUGUGUCUGAUAAAUUUAAUUAGCAUGAAUAGAUUUCUCUCAUUUUCAGCGUAUAGGUACAAGAUGUGAACUUUAACCAGGCUAAACUCAAUGUAAGUGUUUCACAAGAGUGUUGGAUAUAUACCGUUCAUAUUCACUAAAAAAUCAACAUGUAGAGCAGACUCGCUAAAAAGAUCUCUGCAGAUAUAUAGUCAUAGAGAGUGGGGCUAAAAAGGACAUGUCGAUUUGCUGCAACAAGAACUUAGUGUCCAGUUUUCUGCCUACUUGUUCUUAUUGAGUUAAAUAAGCUUGUCGACAUGAUUGGGUGUCAGUCACAAGGAGCCACAUCAAUUCUGUAUAUCUUGUAAAAAGUUCUCAACCUUUGCUGUAAGCUGCAAUUGUUGAGCGCUUGUAGAUGUGGCACAUGGCUGCAGCUUGAUAAUGAAAGAAAAUCAAACAAAAAUAUGUGUUUCCAGGUAAGUCCUUAACAAUCAGUCACUCAAUACUUACCCCAAGUUGACUGUCUUUGAAUUGUAGUGAAAUCAGCCUCAAGUUUCUAGCCAGUGUUUAAAAGUGAACCAUAUGAGAUUCAGAAAAAAGAUUGAAUUCAGGGUUUGAGAGAGUGCUUUCAAACACCGCUGUAGCACUUACAGCUCUUAUAGCUGUAAGGCACAGAUGGACUAGAAGGAUAAGAGAAACCGUCCUGGUGCUGGUAGGGUGUGCGCAUCAGCAUGGGCUUUCAUUUGUGCUGUGUGUGAGUCGGUAAGGAGGAAUGCAGCACCCCAAGGAUACGGAACAUUAGCUCUCUGGUGGUGACAUCACACUGCAACACAGGAAGAGAGAGAGAGAGAAAGAGAGAGAGGGAGGAGGAAAAAGAAAAGGAUGAGAGGAGGAUAGAGUGAGAGAGAGCGAGAGCCUGGAGGGGGAAGGGUAAAAGAGAAAGAGAGAAAAUGAUGAGUUAGAAACAUGCUACCGCUGAAUCCUGCUAACGCGGCGUGUGCAUGUAAAUUUCUGUAUGCUUUAUUAUCUUUUAUCAGUGGUUUGGGGCAAGACUUAAAAAAACGUAAAUUCAUUCAUGAUUUUCUACCUAAUCUAGAUGAUUCCAUCCCGAAUUUGAUCCAUGAUCCAUAAUUCAUUGACAUUUUUUAAUAUUGUGCUCAUCGAAUAUUAAUCAGAUCCUCUCUUAUGAAGCUUUGGUGUUUCUAAAAUUUCUGCAUAUCUGUUGCUUGUGCAAUCAGACGCCCGUGUUCUAGUUUUGAUGACCACACUUCUUCCUCGCUGCUCUCCUUCAGUCUGUUUGUACCACUUGCAGGACUCAGGGGUGGAUGGAAGGAUAAUUCUGUGUGAUAUUUCUCUCUUUCGCCUCUGCUCUGAGCCGAGCUGUGAGCACUGUGAUAAAUUGGGCUGGGGGAGUCUCAAUGGCUCUGUCCUAUUUUGGGCUCCAACAAGGUUCUCUGACUUUAGCUACUUCUCUGGCCUGGAUCUUGAGCAGCAGCUUCUGUCCUUAAGUUUGAGUCAACCUUGAAAGUUUACCUUAGGUUUGACUUCGCUUCAACUUCAGUAAUCCAGUCCCAGGAAAAACAUUACAGUGCUUUACCAAGUAAAAGAGGCUGAACAAUUAGAGAACUGUUUUCCAGAUGGACAGUUUGUGUGCAUUAUCAUUUGACUUAAGUGAUGCCACCUGAGCUAUCAAUGACGGUAUUUUGUAUAUGCAUAUUAAAUAGGGCUGGGCGAUAAACUGGAAAUUUACAAAUACCGAAAUUUAUGACAAUAACCAACGUCAUUUUGCCCAUGUCGAUAUAUUCGGUGUCAAAUAAAUAAAUAAAAGAAAAGUUGGUUUUGGACGUUUGUAGGUAGGCUAUGGUUUCCUGUCCUUUUAAGACACUGUCCUAUGUCGGAGACGUGACUCCACCCCAUCCAGUCCGUAACAAAGAUGGAAAGACAGGUGAGGAGAUGGAGGACAGUCCAAAAGCUGUAGCGGUGGCUAGGAUAGACAAAGUUACUGUGGGAGGGGGUGAGCAGCUUGUGGAGUAGUUAUCGUUCAUUUAUAAAUAGUUCUCAAGUUGAGUAGCUCAAUAUAUCGUGAUAAUGAUUUGAGGCCAUAUUGCCCAGCCUUAAUAACUGAAUUCGAGCAAAUAAAUCUAUUUUAAAUAAAUAAAUAAACCCAGGUCUUGUUUUUAGUGCUUCAGGUACCAGGCCUGUAAAUGAAGCAGGCUUGUAUCAGAGGCAGGGGCUUUGUGAUCAUAGACAACAUCUCGGUACUAUUUAGUAGCGGCGCAUGCCCCUUGUAAUAACCCCCUUUAAAACUGUUGUUCAGGACUGCUUACUUGUGCUUCCUACCCAUUCUGCUACCGUAAUAACCGUUGUUCUAGCCUACACGCAACAUUUUUGUUCUCAUUCAUGAAACGCUUAAAUCUGGGACAGCUUUUACCAGGGACAGGUCAUUCCACUCAGGGACUGUCCCCGGAAAAUCGGGGACGUCUGGUCACCUUAGUGUGUGGUUCUUGUGGAUGCUAAACUUGUGCAAAUGAGCACAAGUUUGCACACUUGUAAAGCAGACAUAAAAGGUUGAGUGCUCCAAAAACUGCACAUCUGAGAAGCAUUUGAAUGAUCUAUUAAGAAAUCAUCUGGAGCAAAAUGUACAUCUCUCUCUGUGCAAAUAGGCCCCACUGCAAAAUAAUCCUUAUUUGCCGACACCUGUGUUAAAUCCCCACACAUUUAUAGGGAAAUUUUCACAAACUACUCUGGAGUAUAUCUAAGCAUUGUCAUGCUGAAACUCCUCAGUGAUGAAGACAUCAACUCCUCCUCUGGUUGACCUAGAAAUAAUGAAUCUGAUGGCCUACAUAAAGUCUACUGUCAGCCCUGUUAGUAGAUAGAAUGUAGAGUUUAGCUUUGUCGGCAUGAGAGCACACAGAGUGCAGCUGCUGAGUGGAGACGCUGACAGGUGUCAUGUCAGAGUAUAAGGGUUGUUUGUCAGCUAUGCUCUCUAAAAAUUUUGACUCGUUCCUCCAAAAUUCAACAGACCAGAAAGCAUUUAAACUCAGGGUUUGUGAAAGUGAAAGCAGCAACUUUCUGGCAUUUGUGGACAGUAAUCUAAACUCAUACUUGCAUGUUCAAUCUCACAUGCUAUUACUCAGUUACUGUAUCUUUGUGGAAAAGUAAGCCUUAUGAACAACCCUGUGAAUGUUUCAGGAGGAAGAGGAGCACUUGUGUACGUCAGAAUUAAGGGUGAGGGGUGUUGAAAGUGGGUGAGACAUUCCUCAUAGCUGACGUCUUCCCACAUUUUUCACUCAGUCAGACGGGCUUGUGUGUUAGCAUCCAGUGACCUGUUAUUAAUCAUCAUGUGGAAUGCAUUUUGCUGCUUUAAACAAUCAGCGUGUCAAUACUUGACGUGCUAACAGUCUGCAAAUAUUUGCGGACUGUUAGCAAGUCAAGUUGAUUAGCAACUCGAGCCUUUUGUGUAGACACCUAUCGCAUGCAUUCAGCUGCAGGACUGCUUUUGUCACUUUGCAGCAAACAUAUUCAUAAUGUGGCAUAUUGAUUAGUUUGUGUUCAGAUGUAGGUCGGCUGAGCAUCAAGAAUCCGGUUUGUUCACCCACUGGUGCAUCUGUGGUUACUUUUCCCAUCUUUAUUCGGUGACCUCUGGUGACAUCUUCUGCCAAGUUUAGAGAUCUCGUGCUCUGUCCUUUGCUUUUGGCAGAUUACUGAGAGGAAAAAGGUCUUGAGUGAAUUCAAGGAAACUGAAACCUCCUUUUCAUCAAGCCCAUGCCUCACAGUUCAGUGCAGAAGUACCUCUUGAAAUAAAUGUAGUUUUGUAGUUGGUAGAUUUUCUUCUUUCUACUGUCAAAGUGAAUGUAAAGUUGAAACAAAACCUCCAGGUCUCUUUCUAUAUUUUUAUCAGAAUCUGAAGUCCAGGCCUGAUCUGGCCUCUCAAGCACGUUUAUCAGCCUCCCUCAAGGUUGAGCCAUUUAUUCAAGGGGUGUUGUUGCUCUUGCUCUGAGAGGUUUUGCUCUUCGCCUGCAUCGUAAACAUUGUUGAGCAGGUUUCCUCUAUGGAUCUGUCUCUUUAGUGUCUACAGAGCUCAGUCUGUGCAUGCAGCUGAAGUCAUUUACAUUUCAUGACACCUUUUUCUCUUGAAAAAUAAGCAGUUUUUUUUUUUUUUACCCCCAGGUGCCAGAAUCUCAGUAAUAGUCAUCUAUUCGCUCGUAGGCUUCAUAGAAGUCAGAUCACAGCAAAGCCGAUAAAAAUCAUUAUAGACAGGCUAUUUCAACUCUGGAAAAAUGGCAGAAUGAAAAUCUUUGGUCAAAAUGAUCGGAGAGUAAACAGAAGUUUGUUUUGUGCUCAAUAGUGUGUCAGGAUAUUGAGGCAGGUAUUUGUCCAAACCAUUAUCUAGAUAAUUAACAUGAUUAUGGUUAUAUUUUGAAUAUUAUCUGUUGCGUCUUAUAUAAACAAGAGAGAGUUUUUUUUUUUAAGUACUGGGUUAGAUAUUGAGUACCUAGGGAAGCGUAUUCCAUCCACAAAAAAGCAGUUUUUCAAUGUAAUUAUUUUCUGUUCUGUUUUUCGGACAAUUUUUUUUUGGUUUUGUUUUUCAGACUAAUUGUUUUUCCUAUUCUCUAGGAUGAUGAUCAUUUAAAAACUGAUGCUUUUAUCCCCCUCUGCUCGAUUUAUUGGAAGCAAACAUUGCCCACUUGUUUAGUUUAAUCAAGUUUUACUCUCUUUUGGGUUUGAGAUUCUGGAAGAUACUCCUUUCUUUAAGUCAGAUAGAUGGAAUCGUCAUAAGUUUGUCUAUUUUGUGCAGGCACCUCAGGGAUUUGCAUACACUAUGUUUAACUAAUAACAUGCCUUGCUCUCAUUGACCCCGUAGUCGAAGUUAUCUAGGAAGUGGAGAAUAUGCUGCUGCGGUGGUUAACGUUAUCUGAUUGUAUGAGAUUGGAGGACUUGCAGGAUUUGAAGUAUCUCACUUAGGGGGAAAAAAAGUACCAAAAACAGGAUAAAAAUUUAUCCAAAAAACAGAGAGUGGAAAAAAAUAUUAGUACAAAAAACAGAAGAAACAAAAACAAAUUUACUCAAAAAUUUUCUUUUUUUUUUGGAAGUGAAUGCAAUGCGCUUCCAUAAGAACCAGUGUUAGAUUAGUAGAAGUUUUUUGCCAGUCAGUGGUGAUACAUUUCUAAACAUUGCAGAGAAAUGUGCAGGGUUUGGUUAUAAUGACAGAGUUUGAGAUCUGAAUAAAAAGUUGGUUGCGAUUUUGUUUAAUCAAAGCAGAUCUGAUUUUAGUUCUUAAUGCUGCAUGCAAAUAUAGCCGUUUUAAAACAGACAACGCUGUGCAAUUUCACUGAUUUUACAAAGGACUGUGGGGCAUUAUUCAACAGCUGCUGCACUCACAAUAAACCAGGAAAAGAUGCUUAAUUUAUUUUCACAAUCAGGAAUGAAGGGCCUAUUAACUGUGAAGCUCGAGGCAGAUUUUUAUCUUUUUCUUUUAGCUUAUUGAGCGAUCCAAUACCAUUUAAAUCUGGUUGUAUUAAAACUCCUCUCCUUGAUCCAGCUAUUUAAAAUGCACUUAAGUUAGUUAAGAGAGUAGUCAACUGUUUGACCGACAGCCGACUCUGUGGAAGGAUUGAUUCCAGGAUUGUCCGAGUCAAACUUAGUUGAAAAAAAAUAUCUCAGUGCAGUGAUGAAUUUAAAUCUUUCACUCAGCUCUAACUACAGAUCUUAGCGAACACCUGCCAGGAAGAAAUGAAGAGCCAAAUCAGUGACUGUGCUGCGCUAACCAGGAAUGAGAACUUUGUCCUCUGCUACCCCUCACUGGGACAAACAUUAUGCAAGACAGGACCAUUCAUUCAACAACACGUGUUUGAACACAGUCCUCUGCUCAGAUAUCACACCUGCCUCUUUCAGGUCAGAUAGUGAGUGUAUGUGUGGAGGUAAACUGAGGCUUCACUGCUCUUUCUGGAUCCUCUUGAAAAAAGGGAUUUAUACAGCAGAUAUGUCAUGUGAUGGGUUUCUUCUACAGCUGUCCAUAAAAUUCAGUGCCGCUGCUACGAGCAGUUUCAGAGUCUUUCCUUAUUCCCUUUUUAUACAUGAGCUCAUUUAGACAGUUUUUAGAAAAAGUUCCCCCCCUACACCGAGGCCUACUUACCAUAAAAAAAAUCCAGGGCAUGCUUAAUUAUUGAUAGUUAAAUAUAACACGGUGGAGUGCUGUAACAGAAAAGUAAAUAACAAAACAAUGACUCGCUGUAGGCACUCUCAGAUGAUUUUCAGAGGUGUCCUUAAUGUGCGUGUAUGAGGUUAAUGCAGGCCAUGGGUGAAAAUGCCCUAGUUAGUAUUUUGCUAUUCGAGGAAGUUCUGAAUUCUGCUUCACAUUAUGGCUGCUUCCAUUAGUGGACAAAGAGUUAAAGUCAAUGAAAUGAGUGUUAUUUUGUCCAACAGACUGGACUCUCUUCUCUGUUUAUGUGUCUGUCAGACCUGUUUCUAGUGUUGCAGGCUUCAGGCUUCCCUCUUUGGAGGUGGCUGUCUGUGAAGUCUGCACGUGACUUAGUCUGGUGUGUGUGUGUUUUUUAUGGGGAAUGAGACCUCUCCCUGUGCGCACAUUAAGCUUUUAAAUCACAGUUGUGCUCAAAAGUUUUCACAAAGUGUGUUAUCAUGUAAAGAUGCAAGUGUUGGGUUAGUGUAAACCAGUUCAUGCAGCAUCUGUUUGAUGGUGCUACAUGUUAUCUUCUGUAUUGAGUGUUUACAUUUUGUUCUGUGAUCAGUCUAGAGAGUUGAUGGCUGCCUACUUUCAUAUAUAUCUGUUUUUGUACCGGUCUGAGAAAUUUACUGAUUAAUUGUGAUUAAUAUAUUCUUGAAUUCGGAUUUUUUUUGAUUUUGCUGUUUCUCCAAAGAAAGAAAAUCUGAUUUGGCUACAGUUGACUAAUUACUAAGGGUGUCCCGAUGCAACUUUUUUUUUAUAUUUUAUUUUUUUACCUUUGAUACAAUACCAAUAUUGUAGCCUUCAGUAUUUGCUGAUACCAAUAUUAAUCCAACAUUAGCACAAACUUGUGCAUGACUAGUUUUGCACUCAGCUUCUUCUUCAGACUUCAACCAGAAAACACUGUCACAUGGCCGACAUCACUCCGACUCCUUGCUACUUUGUUAGUAUCUUAGUACACACUGUUGUGAUCAUGUGGGCUUUGCCUGCUGGAUCCGGGCGCUGCUAGAUAGAGGUGCUGGGGUGGAAUCUGGAAUGGACUGCUUGUAUUGGAGCGCUGAUAUUGGAGAUUCUAGAUGCAGGGAAUUAUUAUCUGAUGUUCAUUUUUUGCUGAUAUCGGACCGAUAUCAGUAUCAGAUUGGGGCACCCCUACUGCUUACUAGGGGUGUCCAUAUAUAUAUAUAUAUAUGAUCAAUAUCGGUAUCUUAUAGAAAUUUAAAAAGUUGUAUCGGAAACACCCCUACAAAUUACUCUUAUUACUUUGAUGUUACUUGAAACCAAGUAAUUUAGCUUGAUCUCUUGCGAACUCUCGGUUAUAAUGCAAAUUGGUUCUGUGGAUUUGAUACAGCCACAUAGUUUGAAAACAGUGUUUCAGCAGACGCAGAUAUUUAUUCUUCAUUUGAUAGUUACAGAAUAUGUCUUUAAAUCAGCCCUGACAUCUCAGCUGUCUCACAUCUAUUCUUAUAUUGGCACAGAGUUUGCAUACGUUAGUGUAAGGGCAAAGGACCAUUAUUCCCACUAAGUGCCAUGCGCUGCCACUGCCACAGUCAGCAUACUGUGAAAGCCAUCGUCAUCAAUAAGCUGCAUUAUUCUGUCACAGCACAGGAUCUGCAGGACUAGACCCAGUUUGUCAAGCUUCCUGAGGUUGCACCCUGGCAGUUUGCCUGUGUGUGGGUUGUUCUGUGUAUGUUUGUGUUUGUGUCUUCCCUCUAGCAGUGACAGUAUGAUGUAUGGAGCAGCAGCAGCUUGCUAUCACAGAGAACAGGUGGCUCUCUCCAGAGACAAACUGACAACGCACACACUGGCCUGAUUUAAUGUGUGGGAGAGAAAAGCAAUCUGAACAAUUGUCUUUUGAUUCUUGUGGUGAAAAUGGUAGCUGCUGUAACAGUUAGUGAAGGAAGAAAAGACAGAAACCAAUCCAGGAGGGGGGAAUUACUGCGAUUGAGGGAUGUGGACUCACACCUCAGACCAGGGCUGACCAUUUAAACACACGUGCUGCAAAACUUAAACCACCUUAGAGCAGAGAGUUCCUGUUUGAGAUGUUAGGAUUAGUAACAGAGAUGUUGGACAACAUUCAGGUUAAUUCUGAAAGCUUGUUGGCUCCUGCUUCUUGUGUACACGAAGCAUCAUUGUCAUCUAUCUCCUAGACUCCUGUUUACAGCCUCCUGGCAGAAGUUGCUCUCUCUUAGGCUCUGUUUUUGGUCAUGAGGAAAAUAUCCAACUCUCCAACUCCUGGAUGCUCCACCAGCUAGUUGCUCAGUUCAUCUUUCUCCUUUAUACUGAGAGGGUAAAAAAAACAAAACUAAAAUGCAAGUUAACCCAUGGAUCUGUGUAGGGCUGUAAAUUCCUAGUCAACCGGUCGACGUAUUGGUCGAUAUGUACUGAGUCGACCAAAAUUAUGAUUGGUGAACUUGAUUUUUUUCCGCGUCAAGUUACCUUCUAUGGUUGAUUUAAUCAGGAGGAACAUUCCAAGUGCUAAUGGGGGUGUUUUCAGAGCACCAUGUUUCACAGGUAACAGCCUGUCUCAGAGCAACCCCCUUGUUUUCACCAUUUUGGAUUCGCCCAACCCACUGGAGACAGGAAGAUUAAAGAGCGUCCACGUAUAUCAACGUCUGGUGGUUUGUUGAAUAUUCAUAUUUUAGCCUUUUGUGUUUAAUUGCCUUCUUAUGCUGAUAUUAGUAUAUUUCCGCCCCACCAAGCCGCAUUUUCCCCUGCAGCAGAAGGGUUUGCUGUCGGAGUCGGACCAAUUUUUGGUCGAAUUUUAGUUGAAAAUUUCAGGGUUUUAGUUGACCAAUGAAUUUCUUUGGUGAUUACAGCUCUAGAUCUGUGCAAUUAAUAGGGUAUUCACUGGGUCUUUAAAAGUCUUAACAUGUCCAAAAUCCAAUCCUUUGAAUUUAAGUCCUAAAAAUGUCUAAAAAUCUCAUGAAAUGUCUUAAAUAUAAUUUUGAAAGGUCCUAAAUAUGUAUUAACUCUACUUACAAAUAAAUAAUGUGCUGUAGGAAUAAAGAUUGAUUUAAGGUAACGUAAAACGUUCUGAUUUCCCUUCAUGCCUUUUGUCAUUUUUGCCAGUAUGGAUGGGAAAUAGGUCUUAGAUUGUAUUCAUUGCGGUCUUUAAAAAGUCUUAAAGUCUCAAAUUUGACUUGUUGAAACCUGUAGAGAUCCUGAAUUAAUCUUCAUGUUAUCAUCAAACUAUUAAAAAGGGAUGUUUGCAGAAAGAUGAGCAGCUGGCAGACAGCCAGCAUGUUGUCUCAUCACCCACUGCCUCCUCUCCAUUAUUGUCAGCUUGUGGGAGAUGGCUAUUGAUCCCUGUGUGUUUGUGUGUCUUUUCUGGGAAGGUAUGAUUCACUCACUUCUGUGCAUGCACCUUUCACAGCACAGUGGAGUGGGUCAAAAUACAGGGGUGCAGAGAAAAACCAGGAGUGGUUGUAGCAUAUAUGGCCACAGGGAUCUGAAAACGACGCACUUCAGAUCGUUUUUAACGUGUUUGUUAAACACGUUAAAAACUGCUGCUGCAGCCUCCCCGCUCCACAUACUGUGGCUCUCUUCCCUUCCUCACUGCUUUUCCCAGACCAGCACUGACUACUCUGUUUUUCACCUCACACACAGGACGCAGCCCAGGAAAAGGAAGAGGGUGCGGCUCUAAAGCACACUUCCAUCAUCCCUUUUUUUUUUUUUCAGUCGUUCCCACUCUUGACUAUUUCUGGUUUCAUUGUUUCUCCUCCCUCCUCCGUCUAGCUAAAAAGCAUUUCUAUCCCACAGACAAAAAUGAACUAAAUGUUUUCUCUUGGUCCUGCAGAUGGCUGCUAUCAGAAAAAAGUUGGUGAUUGUUGGGGAUGGAGCGUGUGGGAAGACAUGUCUGCUCAUCGUCUUUAGCAAGGACCAGUUCCCAGAGGUUUACGUCCCGACUGUGUUUGAGAACUACAUUGCUGACAUUGAAGUUGACGGCAAACAGGUACUUUCUUUUCCUUUAGUUUGAUGCAUUUACCUUUUACUGUCUCAGGUACAGUGCUGACAAACCUUAUGUAUACUGAACUGAUAUCAAAAAUUUACCAGGUUAGUUACUUUAGACUUAAGUCUAAGCUAGUUUUCACAUUAUUAAGAUGCGUACAAGCUGGCAAACUUGUUUUACUCAACAGGAUUUCAAAGAAUUUUUGAUUAAGACACUUUUUUCUUUAAAUGUAUAAAUACCAGAGGUGGGAGAAAAAAUCAAUACAGUAUAGUAUCGCGAUAUUUUAUCUGGUGAUAUAUCGUAUCGUCUCAUUUACCAAGUAUCAAUUUUUUCAAAUCAAUUGUUAAUAUAAUAUGAAGUCAAAUCUAUGGUAAUGGAAAAAUAAAUUUAACUUUGUCCAGUGAGGUUAGCAGAAGUGACAUCAUAGAGCAGGAGAAAGUGCAACAAAUACAGCAGCACCUGGGGAAGGACAUUAGGAAUACAAGCAGGGCACAAAUGAGAUGGACCUGACACAUAAGGUUUGCAAGAUGUGCUACAUGAAAAUAAAAUACAGUGUAAAUAAGACAAACAUAAAGGAAAGACAAAUGCCAAAUUAGCUAAACAGUUGAAAAAACUGUAUAAAUCACAAUAUAUCGUAUCGCAAUGCUCACUGCAUUGCAAAAUGUUACAAAUAGCAAUAAUAUCAUAUUGUGGCACAAGUAUCGUGAUAAUUCCCACCCCUAAUAAAUACCUUUUGUUGAUGUUACUUAUGUACUUAAUCUUAAAAGAGAGAGGUCACGUAUUAAGCGCCCCCUCCAUCCAAGAGUGUAGGAUAAUAUCCUGUGGGUGGAAAACCUGUGAAAAGACAUAAACACAGACUAAGACAAGACCUUAUCUGGAGCCACAGUCUAGGUUUUUGGAUGUUGUUGGACAAGGGUGUUUUAAGGUCACAACCACCUUUGAUUUUGGGCUCAAUGAUUAUGAAGUUUCCGAGUUUCCGAGUUUGAAUUCAGACUCAUUUUGGGGUACUUAGGAUGAAGUAUCAGACUAAUUUUUAAAAUCAAAUUGAUUGCACCAAGAAUGUUAAAAACUAUCCCAUCCCUGGGUCCUUGGGUGACACUGCACCCCAAAUUUCUCCUGGUGUGUUUGAAUGUGUAUAACCUGAAUGAGAUAAUGUGGAUGGUCUCAGACAACAGUAUCUUCUCCCAUCAGUGUAUAAAAACAAUCUAAAUGGGUGGAUGUGAAAAGUAGUGUAAAAGCUUUUUGAGUGCUAAGAAAGACGAGAAAAGUGCUUCAGAAGUCCAUUCACCAAUCUGUUUUACUUUGACAGGCUGGGUUUAAAUGAAGGUCUUGUACUUAAAAAUAGUCCAAAUGUUUUUUUUUUUAAGUGUGUCUUUCACUCAUCGUUAACUCACAGUUAAAUUGUUGCCCUCGUGUUUUAAAUAUGACCCCAUUGGCCCCGGUGGGUGAGAACCACACGCUGACAGGGAUAAGUGCCUGUUGUGAACUAUCCUUGGGUAAUCUAUUGUUAUAAAGCAGCAGACCUCCAGCCAAUAACAGGAAGUAGAUCAGUGCCACCUUCCUGCCUGGCUGAACCCUCUCCUACACGCACACUCACGCACAUAGACACACACACACACACACACACACACACACCUCAUCCCACCUCAUACAUCAUGACUAAUGUCCUUUUUCCUUCUCCUGUUUCCUGCGCUGUGUUUUACAAAGUUGACUCUCCUCCAAGCUUCUCUCACACAUAAACAAUGUAUGAUGGAGUGAAAUAUACUUAACAGAUUAUUGUUGGUGUUGAAAAUCAACUUCUCCCUUGUUAUCGUCAUUCUUGGAUCAUGUUGAAGUUGUUUUAAAAAAUGCAAAAGAGGGCUGGGCAGGCCGACUCCUGAGAGACCCCUGCUGGUCAAAGCUGUUGCUGGGUUUUUCAAGAUAGGGUCCGUAUUCAGGUGCAGCUCAGCCUGCUUUUUUCUAUUUACUGACGAAAAAUGUCUACGAAAGGUGGGAAAACAGUAUGACCAUCCAGUCCCGCCAAGGUAAGCAGAUGGUCAGCCGACCAGCAACACCUGGCGGUCUAUGAGAGGAGGGAGGCAUCAGAAACGUCCAGAUGAAUCCCCUGAAUACUGCACUUGCUCUCUGGUGGACACUCAAAACCAUUUAAACUGACUCGGGUCUGUAUGAGGCACAGUUUUCCAGCUGGGAUUGUAAUGUGGGUGAGGUUACGGUACAGUUAAGUCAACAGGGUGGAGGACCAAGACCAAAUCUAAGAGGCUUGAACACAUGCCACAUGAUGUAUUCAUGCAAUGACACUUCUGGGCCACUGAGUACAGGACAGUCCUUUAUGGAGCUGUUGUGUGUUUGCCACCUCUGUUUCAGGCCGAGUUACUUUUUAGGAGUUUGUUUUAUCUGGAGCAGGUCAGGCACUAAAGUUUAACAGCCUAAGAGAAGCCCGUGGGAUUCCUGUCCUCCUCUGGGAGUAGCUUUUUAGGCUUGAGAGGAAUUAAUCUUUUAAAUGCUGUUUUUUUCUUUUUUUCUUUUAUGUUUCUUACCUCUUGAUAACUGUGAAGUGAAAAGUCAGUUUUUUGACUUUGUUUCUUUCUGUUUCAGGUGGAGUUAGCGCUGUGGGACACAGCAGGUCAAGAAGACUAUGACAGACUGAGGCCACUAUCUUACCCUGACACAGACGUCAUCCUCAUGUGUUUCUCCAUAGAUAGUCCAGACAGUUUAGGUAAGUCUGGAUUUACUGCUCACCUACUUAGCCUGGCUGAAGCUGAUCUCUACAAGUUGGAAUCAUCAGAAAAGACCAACUUUCUAUUAAUUAUCUAAUUUUUGCAUGCUUGUGUUUAGCAAGUCUUUCAUUAAAUGUGCACAUUUUCUGCUUCAAGGUGCGCUUGUCCCCCAGUGCACCAAAGGUAUCUGUCACUACAGUCCUGUUAGCUGCCUGUGUGCAGUGCACUAUUAAGAGUAAAUGACCAGCUUAAGUAAAUUUAGUGGUUCCACGCAUGAUGUUGCUUGGUUACAAUUUAAAUGAAUAAUUCAGAAGUUGUGACAAAACAAAAUAAAACAAAUGCUCGACCUCUUUUGAAUUUACUCUUUUGAAUCUCCGCAUCUUUAUUUGAAAUUCUUUUGGUUUCCAUAUUUAGUUAUUACAAUUUGAAAAAAUGUGGAAGUAUUCCUUUAAUCAAACCUAAUGUCGUCUAGGAGCUUCAGAAUCUGUCUGCAGUUUCUGGGAGCAGCUAAUACUGAAGUAUGUCCACACGCUCUUGAGGAAAAUGUCUUGUUUAGAUAGACUCGAUCCUCAGGGCUCUCUCUCACAGUGUUUUGACCUGGGCAGUGCCACAGAUGGUUUUCCUCCUCUAUCACAGCAUGGCAUCUCCCUCUAGACAGCACAGAUUUUGGCGAGUGGACCAUGUUUCAGGGAGGGGUCAGUAACCCCUGAAUGUUUAUGUCUGUACAGUCACGAGGGAACAGUAUUGGCCUCUCCCAACUGUCCUUGUAGGGAGUAAAGUCAGGAACUUUCUGCGCAGAGACAAACUCUUGAAUUUUUUUUUUCCAUUCUUGCAGAGAACAUUCCUGAGAAAUGGACGCCUGAAGUAAAACACUUCUGUCCCAACGUCCCAAUCAUCCUCGUGGGCAACAAGAAAGACCUGAGAAAUGAUGAGCACACACGCCGAGAGCUGGCCAAGAUGAAACAGGUAUGCGUGGACAGUCACUCCCCCACUUUGUAAACCAGUAGAUUGGACCAUACAUGGUGAUAUCUCUUUUUUUGCCUGACAUAUAUUUUGUUUUGUUAUUGUUAUCCGUUUUCAUUACAUAUAUAAUGUAAUAAACUAAAACUAAAGAAAUGAUCAUUGAUUUUAGAAAGAAGAUCUCACCCUCUUACCCUGUUUUUAUCCAUGGUCAGGGGGUCAAAACUGUUACACAGUAUAAAUAUUUGGGUAUCUGGGCACUAUUCUUGACCGCAAUCUGACAAUUUGUCAAACACUGAUGAGGUGUGUGCUAAGGUCCACCAGCGCAUUUAUUUUUAUCGUAAAUUGAGAUGUUUUAAUGUGGAUUCCUCUUUUAUGAAAAUGUUUUAUUCUGCUGGUUUGGAUCCCUCACUAUAAAGGCUAAAAAAAACUGAACAGAAUCACAAAAGUUUGCAGCAAGAUGCUGGAGUUCACUUUGCGGACCUGUCAGCCCUGUACAGAGCCAUACUGGCCAACCCCAGCCACCCGCUACACGUUGGGUAUAACUUCUUCCUUUUGGUCACCAGUACACCGUACCGAAGUGCAGAACCAACAGGCAUACGAAUUCCUUUGUCCCUGUGACCAUUGGUUUUAUCAACAACUUGUUGAGACUUGCCAUCCUCAAAAUCUGUGCACCAUCUAUUAAUAUGUGAAUGAGUGUUUACUAUGUGUUUUUUUUUUAUUGUACUUCUCUCUUAUUACUGCUUCCUGCAAAAAGAAUUGCCCCUCACAGGAUCAAUAAAAUUUCUGUCAACCUUUCAACCAAUCUCACCUGUUAUGAUAAUGUUUGGCUUGUGCGAUUACCUCGCAGUGACUCUGUCAAGUGUAAGGUUAACCAAUCGGACUCUAAUUUUUAGAUCCAUCGCAUCAUUUCAACCCAGUGUUUGUGUUCUGGACUUUUAGGAGCCUGUUAAGGCCGAGGAGGCUCGAGACAUGGCCAACCGCAUCAGUGCCUUUGGCUACCUGGAGUGCUCGGCCAAGACCAAGGACGGUGUGAGGGAGGUGUUCGAGAUGGCCACCAGAGCAGCACUGCAGGUCCGCAAACGCAAGAAGAGGGGCGGCUGCCAGUUACUGUGAGGGGGGCGGGGUUUGUGGCCCAGUCAGCUCCUGAGGGUGGACUCCCUUCUUUCCACAAACGGCAAACUUAAGAGAAACCUUAAAAUCAAUGGCUUCCGUGGACUAUACUUAAUUCACAGAUGCAGAAACACCACAGGAGAAUAUGAGACUGACACGCCUGUUUAAAAGCAAAACAAAUCCUCCUUCUUUGAAAAAGUUAAUUUCCUUUACUUCCCACACAAGGUUUAAUUUCUGAGGUUUUCUGUUUCCUUUUUCUGCACCAGCACACCAGCCUGUAUGAGUGAAGGACCCGCCCCCUCUUCCAAUACGAAUGUAUGUUUGUAUUUAUAUGUGCAUAUACUUUACAAAUAUAUCAUGCAUCCGCCUCUUUGUCGUGAUUGUUUACAGAGAAGGGGUUUUUAUCGCACGUCUGCUCGCUGUCUUCUUCUCCGCUCUCAGCCUCAAGUGAAUUUUUAGUUUUGCAUUAACGGUUUUCAACAUUAAUAUUAUUACACAAGUGUUAUCACUAUAUCUUCAUCAAUGAUCCAUCUACAUUUUGGUUCAUUUUUACCUUGAAACCUUUAAAGGUCUUCUCACUUAAAAUGCUGAGUCACCAUAGCUUCUUCCUCUUCCUCUUCAUCAUGUCUCAUCUGACAUGAUGGGGUUAAUUUUGGCUCGGUUCACUUUGAAAAUCCACUGAAACCCAUAAUAACUGCUGCACCGCACACUGCCAGUGUGGAGAGGUUUGGACUGCACCUCCAUCUCCCUCCCACGGAGAUGGCUUAAACUGGCACUGGAGACAGAGGUCUAUUGUCACAUAGAAUUCUGUCACACUCGCACUGAACCUGACAGACUCGCCUCUCAGCAAUACGUAACCAUCCGCCUCCUGUCUGAACUCUGCACAGCUGGUGCACAUCCAGUAUGCAGUCAUAAUGUGUCGCUGUGCUUUCGGUUUUCUAAGGGUUUGUGCACAACGGGAACAUAAUAGACGCACGCCAAGUGCAUCCACAUUUAUUUUCAAGCAAAUAACAGGUCCAAAAAUCCAGCUGACAUCUUUAUUGACUGCUUGAUGUUUUAACCCAGAUGCAGUCUCUUCAGUCAGUUUACUAGGUUUUCUCUCCGAGUUCAAAUCAGGGCUUUAACUGUGUAUCAGGCCUUUAAUUGGCACAGUAGGAACAUUCCUUGAAAGAUGUUUGGAAAGCUUGAAUAUCUGAGUGCAGUGCUAGAUUAGUAGCCUUUAAAACUCAAGUAACAGAGUGUGUAUUUACCUUAAACAUCUGCAGCGAAAUGCUUAGUUUUCUUUAUUAACAGGUGACGUGAACAAAAAGACAGAAACCCCAGAGAGCAGACUUUAUGGCCAAAAUAGUUUAAAACAGUCAUUUCCAUUUGUGUUCUUGUGUCAGAAUCAUCGAAGGAAGUUCAUCGUCUUCCAGGUAGUCCUCUAAAGCAGUUGGUGUGUGUGUCUGUGAUGUGGUAUGUACAAUAAAAUAGGCCAUGCUCGUGUUUGAGCCCUGAACAAACAGUAUCGGAGCAGACUCGACGGUUCCAGCAUUGAUCUUACCACCAUCAUAAGCUACAUCUGUGGUGAGCUUUUCUCUUAAGAUCCAGAGUGAUCUGAAUGUUGUCAGCUUGGGCUAAUCCUGCACAGUGCCUCUUUGUUAUGUUGAAACACAUUAGUUGAAGAGAAAAUGUUGAUGACACUUUUCAAACAGGGGUGAGGUGUGUUGAAUGUCUGAAUGAGACAAACAUGUUAAUAAAGUAUUUUUGAAAUACUACAGAAAUGUAACUUGGAGUGCUUCCGGAAACAUAACCCACAUUUGAGAUGCUUUUUAAUUUAUUUUUAGUGCAUUUGGAUUCAUUUUAUAUCCAUCAAAACGACAACUUCAUAAAAUAUCUGAGACAAAAAAACAACAAAUGAUUCAAACAAUUUCCAGCUCAGGUUUGUCUAGUAUAACAACAAAGGUUUAGACAUUUACUGUGCCUUCUUUUGAUGUUUUAUAAUAGUUUGUUUUAACCAUAGACUGUAUAUACUAUGGACAAUUUGGCUCCACCUUCCGACAUUACACGAAUUUGAA